UUUGCAUUCGUUAACAAUAAUUAAUUGCACAAAGUCAUAAAAGAGUCAAAGCACACACACUCGAAAUUGAACGCAACCCUAACGGGCAACCCUAGCGUGAACUGACAAAAAGGAAGAAGAAGCGCAGCAGCAGCAGUAUAAGAAAGUAGAAAAAUUUUUUGCAAAAACUUAUUUACUAGAAUUUAGAAGUGCUGUGAACAAAUGCUGGAUAGGUCCGUUUUGUAAAUGUAGUGCAGAAGCGUUAGUGCAUAAAACGCGUGUAAUAAAUGGAAUUGCACGAGUGCUGUGAUCGAGUGAACAGACCAAAUAAAAGCGCACCAGCAAAACGACGACGAACGACAGCGGUGACAGCGACAGCAGUGGCAGCGGUAAGGCGGCUACGGCUACACGGACUUGAGGCGGCAGACGCUUAAGAAUACCAACACUGGUGGUCGGGGGCGGUAGCGGCCCACAAACUAGAACAAUGUGCGACGUUUGCGCCGAUUUCCAAACUCUGUUAGAGCUGUAUGAAGCACGCGUGGCGAGCUCUGAGAUCAAGUUUCAGCUACUUCUAAAGAGCGAAAUCGAAACUACAUUUAACUAUAUACAGUCGUGGCCACAGCGGCAAUGCAUGUGCUUGUAUCGGGACACGAAAAACUAUGAUCGCUUCAAUCUAGUGGUGCAGUCGCUAAUUUGUCUGACAGUGCAGCAUUUAAAGCACAUCGAUCAUCUGAUUGAAAGUUAUAAGCGGCUGACAGCCAGUGCGGCACAGGUAGUUGCUCAAGCCCAGCAGCAGCGUCAGCAGUCAGAUGAGAAGGAUUCGCCAGCGGAUAAUGAGAUAGACAGUGAGCAGACAGACCGCAAGGAAUCUAAUGAAUCAUCACCUUCUGUAGGUGCCGAUGGUGGCGGCGAUGAAAAGAACUCAGCGCCAGAAGCCAGUGAAGAUGACAAACAUGGUGCUGGUGAUGGUCCGGUUUCAAAGCUGCCAGCUGCUGGUCCAAGCACACCUACUAAGGCGCACACACAAUACACCGAGGAACCGUGGAUAUUGCCAGAAGUUGAAAAGCUGCUUGUGCUAGUCUCCAAAGUAUUUCUGCUCAAUUUUCCGCUCUAUAUUGCUCAUAAGCAUGGCAUGCACUCGCGUUUGGAUGAUCUGCAGGCGGAGGAGGCCCACCAUUUGGCCCUCAUAUGUGAUUUACACGACAACGAUCUUCCAAUUUACCUGCUGCGCAAUGUGAGCCUGUUCUGCAACUCGGGCGGCUUUGGCGCCAUGUCAUUGUGCUUUGAGCAUCCCGAUUUGCCUGUGUCUACGGCGCACUCGAUGACCGCCACAGUAUCGAACGUGAAGCUCUGGCUUAAUUACCAUUGUAACACGCAACUGUUUGUGCCACUGCGAAGUCGCAUCUUACAGUAUAUGUGCAAGCUAUCAGAUCAGAAUUUGCGUUCUGCGGCCACACGCGCUAUGGCCGAUUUUGUGUGGUCCUCUAUGCGCGAUCCGCUCGAUGUGGCCGUUAAUUUUGACACCGAAGGUCUGGCUCUGGCCUUUAAGUACUUUACUUCGACCACGCUGACGAUGCGACUAGCAGGCAUGGCCCAAAUCAACGCACACAUCAAUCUUUUUAAUGAAAUCUGCACCACAGAGACGGUCACUGAGGUUGAGCUGUUUGGCCAGCGUAUUGCCAAUUGGUUAACUGAGAAUCAUAUUGUGCAGCAUUUGUUCGGACCAAACUUACAUGUUGAGAUUGUGAAACAAGCACAUGUAUUGCUUAACUUUUUAGCUGUCGAAAAUCAAAUCUCUGAAGAGGACAUCAAACUCAUCUGGCAGGCCACACAGUUAAAGCAUUGCUCCAAAACAAUUUUUGAUAUUUUGCCUGCACUUGUCAAGAAUUUAGCACCGCGCCCAGCUAUGCAUUUGUAUUCGCUGCUUUGUCGCAUGGAUCCCAAGGAACACACUGAACAGAGUAUCUACAUCGCAUCCGCGCUGACUAAGCUUAUUUGGACGCGAGACUGCUCGCGUAGCCAAAUGAAUAUAAUGCAACAUGAACACAUGCUAGGCUCAAAUGUAACAGCCUCCAGUUCGGACAGUGGAAGCAUUGAGGGCAGCAACACGGAGGAUGAGCAUGUGGGUGCUGAUGACAGUAGUAUAGCGAGCGGUGGAGGUGGCAAUGGUGGCUCUGGCGUGGGCGGCCACAAAAGCCCCAAUGAUGGAGUGCCGCCCUGCAAACAAGCCAGGCACAGGCGGCAUAUUUGUGACCCAACCACUGAGAAGGCAAAACAACUCAGCGAGGAAGAUAUGGCUAAAGUAGAUAUGAAAAUACAAAACCAUCGAAUUGUGAACAUAAUCGACAAUACCAGCAGCGAGGAGGAAUUGCAGUCGCGCGCAGCCCUCGAACUGCAGCUUCAUCGCAAGAAAACCAUCAAACGAAGGCGGCAGAAGAAUAAGCAACUGAUGCUACCACACGAGUUGGUCGAAAUCUGGGAUGGUGGCGAGGAUGUGCCAAGCAGUGAGGAUGGAGAUGGCGAGAUUCUCGCCGACAGCGAUGAAUGUAGCGAUAGUGCCGGUCAGGUGGUUCCCGCCGCCGUUUUAAAGCAUUUGCACGGAGAGGGUCCAUAUAUACGCGCCAUUGCUGAAACUAAUAUAAGCGAGUUGCUUAGCGGUGCCGAGAACGAUGGAAGCUACAGCUACAGCUCACCCAUGAGCAACAAAUCGGAAAAGAAUCUAGCCGACUUCGAUGAUGAGGAUGUGUCCCCGUGCGAGGAAGAGCUGGCACAGCUGGUCAGUUCACAUGCGGGUCGAGUUCAUAUGCCUCCUGCAUUUGCAGCAGCUGCUGCUGCCAUGGUGGCGGCUCAAUCCGCCAUGGCCAUGCAAAAGUCUGGCGACACAAACGUAGCGGCUGCUGCCGCAGCCGUCUGUGCAGCCGCUGUCGCCACAGGUAAUGCCCAGCAAUCUCUAGUGGCAAUGCGACAACAGGCCGUUGCUGCAGCUGCUGCUGCGAAAUCGUCAGCAUCGGCAAACUCAUCGUCGCAACGUCCCUCGGACUCGGAUGUCGAUUUGCUUGAUGUCAGCAAGGAACAUUCGCCCAAGGAGUCCACAUCUGCUUCCAGUACACCUGUGCAGCCCUCCUUUAAACUUAAUGAUGUUUGCCAGCCAGGUAACACAUUGCUUUGGGAUCUCCUGCAAGAUGAAAAAAUUUGUCAACUCGGCGAGUCUCUAGCACUGGAGGCUGAGAAAGCGCUAGCCACAUUGCUGUGUUUCAGCAUGGAUCGUCAGCUACGGACCAAGUUCAUCGAAGGGUGUCUGCAGAACGUUGCCAAUAAUCGGAGCGUAAUUGUCAGCUUACGGUUGCUGCCUAAGCUGUUCGCCAGCUUUCAGCAAUUUCGGCCAUCGGACACACACGCAAUGACACUGUGGGCAGAACGGAAUCAUCGCAUGAUGCAUUGCUUUUUCAGCAAUAUUCGGCACUAUGCACGUCGCCAUGCUGAGAUGCUGGUUAAUCAAAAUGGAGAUCAACAGCAGCAGCAGCUAGGCUUGCAACUAUACUCGCAUAAGACGCAGGUGUCGGUCCGUCUACAAUUUCUGUCUUCUAUCUUCUCUACGGUUGGUUCUCCAAAAACUUUUCGCCUGACUGUGGAGCAGCUGGAUGCCCUGUGGGAGUGGCUGGCGCAUGAUCCGGAGUGUGCAGAUUGUUAUUUUUCGUGGUUACAAGCGCAGGCAAAGGGCGGCGACCAACAUGCUCUCGGCAUGGAUGCACUGCAGCAUUUGUAUCUCAAGAAGUUGCCGGAGCUACGACCUGAAGAGUUCUCUAUGGUGGCGCUGGGCCUAUUUCAGCAGCUGUGCAGCUUUGCACGCAUUGCCAUGGCUGAGUACGAGAAGCACAGCGAACCUAUAUCGACCAGCUCCAAUGCUGUGGGAAUGUAUCAUCUGUGGAAGAUAGCCCUGCGGGCCCAGAGCAACGAAGUCUCUCUGGCGGCCAUACAAUAUAUCAACAUGUACUAUAUGGGACAGCAGUUGCGUCUUGAAAAGGAGUUCGUGUCACAAUGCAUGGAUAAUUUAGUGCAGGCGGCCACAGCAUUAGAGAGCAUUGAAGACGAGAAUGCAUUAAUGCGCGUACAACGGGGACUUUUGCUCUUAAACACGCAUUUGGAUACAUUCCGCCGCCGUUAUGCAUUUCACUUACGACGCUGGGCUAUCGAGGGCAAAGGAAUAGGAUCGCACAGCAAUCUAAAAAACGAAGGAGCGGGGCCGCCCGUACGCAUCGUGCUGCAGCAGGCUGGUUUAUCAGAGAAAAGUUUAUUGCACAUGCACGCAUGCGAUCUGAUCGCCGAUCUCAAAGCCGAGGUGUCCAAAUGGUGGGAGAGUCUGCAAUGUAAUGCGAACUCAGGUAUUGCGGCGCCAGUUUUGGGUCUGCUGCUAAGUGAUGGCCCAUUACGCAUCAUAACUCAAGGUCAAGAACUUACCUCUGACUAUGAUGAGCGCAGCCUAGGGGAUGCAGGCUUCAAGGACAAUCAGAUUGUGUAUGUGUCGCUGGGUGGGCGAAGCGCGCGCCGCAAAGAGACAAAUCUGGAGCACCCAUCAAUGCAGCCCCCUCCGCCUAAAGAAUGUUUGCCAACGGUUCUGCUGCUACAGCCGAAGUACUUCGAAAAGCUAUUUUGUCUUAUGCAGACUCUUGGCGAUAUGAAGCCGCUAUCCAACAACAUGCAACAUCACACGAAAGCUCAGUUGCUCUCCCGUCGCGUGUGGGAUAUUCUGGCGAUGCUGCCUACAAAUCCGCUCAUAUUGGAUGCAUUUAAGAGUCUUGUUACCGAUUUGAGCGAUAUUGAACAGCUAGGAAGUGAGGAGGAACAAGCCAAUAAACGCAAGGAGAUCAAGCAAAAGCUUAGCGACUUGCUCGAUCCAAGCAAUCUGCAAAAAUUUAUGUACUCGCUGCACAUUGUCGAGAGUCUAGCAGUGAACAGUGUGCAACAGAGCAGACAUGCCGCAGGCUCCUGUUGCGGGUCAGGCGCAAAUGGCAGUCUGGUAAUUACGGAGCAACACUCCCCGCGGGUACACAAGACGAGCAGUAGCAGUUCGUCCAAAAAAGGAGGUGGAAACAGUCGUCGUCGUAAUAGCAAUGAGCAACUGCUGCUGGCCAACCAGACCAGCAAGGAGACUCCGCGGAGUAGCAGCGCUGGCGGUGACUCCAGCAAGGAGCAUAGCGAUGCCUCACCCACCAAGGAGCCAUCGCUAACGCCCACGCCAGCCCUCGAUUCAAGUGAUCCCAGCGAGGUUGGUAGUGGUGACAAAGAAAACCAGCCGUCGUCACAAAAACCGCCACACAGCAAGCGGCACAAGAAAAGUGACAGCGUAGAAAAGGAACGAGGACUGGCCAGCACACCUCCACCGCCGCCACCACCACCAUCAUCAUCCUUGGCACCUCCGCCGUCUGCCACGCCCCCCGUGCUGCGCAGCGCGCUCAAUGAAAGCAAGUGGAGUGAAGCGUUCAUCAAGUGCGGCGGAUUACGGCAUUUAUACGAUAUCUUCAGCAGCGGUCAGAUGCAGCAGAGCGCCCACCCCAAGGAGGUACUUAACGAAUGGCGUCAUGAUUGCUUGGCGAGCUUGUUGCGCAUACUUUGGCUACUCGGCUUCGAGGAGCUUCAAACGGAUGACAUACAUAUGCUGAUGGCGCGGCCUCAUGCCUUCAUGUUGGAACUAAUGGAUGUGGGUGUCUGUCUCCGUCGCCUCUCAACAAUAUUGAAUGAUGAGGUUUAUCAGCAUUUUGCUGCCACCUCCGUGGUGUUUCCUUACCAAUUCCAUCACUUACGGACUGGCUUCUGGGGACGAGCACAGGUAGUGCAGUUCACCAUGAAUAUAAUGGUGAGCUUUGUGCAUGCCUCAGCGGAGGCCCGACGUCUGCUCUGGUCACAGCCAGAAAACUGCUGCUGGGUGCAAAAGUUCAUCCUCGAAGAUCCAGAACCGGCUGUUCGACGUGAGAUCUGUGCAGGUCUCUAUCGCAUCUGUCUUGGGAACUCAACAAGCUACCAGGUUCUGCUGGCUCCGCUGCUCCACAAGCUCAUAUCAUUUCUGCCCGUGGCCGAAAAGAUGACCUCGACGGCACAGCACACGCAGUUCCUGUUGUCGGACGAGGGCAAGGAACCCUAUGGGCCCGCCUGUCGCGAUUAUUUCUGGCUUCUGGCACGGCUCGUGGACACAUUAACUCCAGAAAUGGUCGCCGAAGAGGACAUUGACAUUGAGCUUUUGUGCGAGUCAGUCUCACAAAGUAUCUUAACGCGUGACUAUCAUGAGCUGCGUCAUGGCUAUCAGGACGAUGGUUUAGUGGGCCUGCUUAAUCUCAUGUCUAACCUGAUCAAAUAUGAUACCAGUUUCAAAUACACCAACAAGGCGGUGCGCUUCAUUGAGCAAAUCAUCGAAUUCCUUUUCGAAAUGCCUUCGCCUGCAAAUCGUCAGAAGCCAAAGUGCAAGUCUGCGACGUCGCGUGCUGCAGCAUAUGAUCUUCUUGUGGAACUCUCUCGCGGCUGUGCCACCAACUAUAGAUACCUCCAUGGCAAGCUGUUGGCGCAACACAAAUCGGGGCCCAAACCACCGUAUCCCUGGGACUAUUGGCCCCGUGACGAGGGUCGGUCCGAGUGCGGCUACGUUGGGCUGACGAAUUUAGGUGCUACUUGUUACAUGGCCUCGUGUAUCCAGCAUUUGUAUAUGAUGCCACAAGCUCGUGCCGCAAUUCUCCGCGUGCCACCUACGGGUGCACUGAAACAUGCGCCGACGCUGCUGGAGCUUCAACGCAUGUUCGCCUAUUUGCUCGAGUCUGAGCGCAAGGCCUAUAAUCCACGCUCCUUUUGCCGUGUCUAUCAGAUGGAUCAUCAACCAUUGAACACAGGCGAGCAGAAGGACAUGGCCGAGUUUUUCAUUGAUCUCGUGUCGAAGCUAGAAGAGAUGACUCCCGACUUAAAGCAUUUGGUUAAGCGACUGUUCUGUGGCAUCCUCAGUAAUAACGUCGUUUCGCUGGACUGUGGACACGUCUCGCGAACUGCUGAGGAGUUUUACACAGUGCGGUGCCAGGUGGCAGACAUGCGCAAUCUACAAGAGUCCCUAGAUGAGGUUACUGUGAAGGACACUCUCGAGGGCGACAACAUGUACACAUGUUCCCAGUGCGGAAAAAAAGUGCGCGCUGAGAAACGCGCUUGUUUUAAAAAGCUGCCGCAGAUUCUGUGCUUUAACACAAUGCGAUAUACUUUUAACAUGGUCACAAUGUUAAAGGAGAAAGUUAACACCCAUUUCUCCUUUCCACUGCGGCUAAACAUGUGUCAUUAUGUAGAAAAGACACUAAUGCCACAUCAGUACAAGGAGGAUCGCGAGAAGCGCGAACUCGAGCGCAAGGAGAACGAGCAGUCUGGCGAUGGCGGCGACGAGAACGAAAAGGCUGAAGCAACUUUAGAUGAGGACAUUGAGGAGUGUUUCGAGUACGAGCUGGUAGGUGUUACUGUCCAUACCGGCACUGCAGACGGGGGACACUACUAUAGUUUCAUAAAGGAACGUACGAAGUCCGGCUACCAUCCGCAUGAGCGCUGGUUUUUGUUCAACGAUGCUGAAGUGAAGCCCUUUGAUCCCUCGCAGAUUGCAGCCGAGUGUUUUGGGGGUGAAAUGACGAGCAAGACAUACGACUCGGUUACAGAAAAGUAUCUAGACUUUAGCUUUGAGAAGACCAACUCGGCAUACAUGCUUUUCUACGAGCGUCGCUUGCCGGAACAUUUGCAGCGUCGACAUUCAGAAUUGUUGGUUACCCCCACACCAAGUCCCACCAAUGAGGACAAGCUGGAGGCAGAUGAAACGACAAAGGUAGAGGUGAGCACAAGCUCAAACAAAAUGGUCGACAAUGAGUCGGCGCUACCAGUGAAGGAGGAGGAAGCAACAGCCAAUUGUGAUAAUUCUAAGCCCAAAGCCAACAGCGGGAGCGGAGGCAACGACCAGCAUGCGUCGACCUCCAAGUGCGCCAUUGCAGAGGCUAAAUCUGCCUAUAAACUACAACUUUUACGUCCAUUAUUAAACAAGGAGCUGGAGGAUUGGAUAUGGCAGGACAAUCGACAGUUUCUUCAAGACCGCAAUAUAUUUGAGCACACAUAUUUCAACUUCAUGUGGCAAAUAUGCGGGCACAUACCGCAAACGCUAAUCUCGGAAACGGAUGUUACCUGCAUGGCUGCCAAGUUGUCCAUGUCGUUCUUCAUUGAGACUUUUAUACAUGCCAAGGAAAAGCCCACAAUGGUUCCCUGGGUGGAGCUUUUGACAAAACAAUUUAAUGCCAGUCAGGAAGCGUGCGAAUGGUUUCUUUCGCAUAUGUCUAUAGAACCAUUCUGGCCGGUGCAGGUACUUAUACAGUGUCCGAAUCAAAUGGUGCGUCAAAUGUUCCAGAGGCUGGUCAUACACGUCAUACAAAGACUACGUGGCUCGCAUGCGGAUUUGUACUUGGUCGUGGAAACCGAUGAUGAUGACAAGGAGCUCAUCGGGCAGGCCUCCUGCGUCACACGUUUUAUUACGUCGCUCAUCUCGCUGCUUGAACAUGGUGCCCGGUCGCAUUUGCGCCAUUUGUCAGAAUAUUUCAGUCUAUUGCUUGAGUUUUCGCGCAUGGGCGAUGAGGAAGCUAUGUUCCUUCUUCGUGUUGGAAUACUGAAAAGCCUUGUCGAUUUUUAUUUAGGACACAAACAAACGGACAGUAUCGAAAUCAGCAGCGACAACGAAGAUAACAGUUCUGAAGAGGCCCUAUCGGUGGAGAAAAUGCGACCAGCCUCUCUAGAUAAAAUGAUUGCAUUAUGUGCCAGUCUGGUGGAGCGUUCUCGCGGACCCGACUUUCGGCUGCGCCUUUCACCAAAAGAUUUCAGUGCCAUCGCCGGCGGCAAGGGCUUUCCAUUUUUGUAUCAACAAAUAAAGGAUGGUAUCAACCUGCACCAAACCAAGCAUUUAAUCCAUGCCCUCUGUCGUUGGGAUGAGCGCUUGGCCACGCAAAUCAUUGGUAUGCUCUUCGCCUCAGUCACCAAGCACACGGAGCUGUGCGCACCUUUCUUCAAACUGCUUACACUACUCACAGAGACACAGGGUGGGCCCGUUGGCCUCCCCUGCUUCACGCAGUUGGUUCUGCCACGCAUGUGGGAUGCGGCCGAGUAUUGUCCGCAAUCGGUCCUAGACUGGCUCUCACUGCAGGCAACUAAGAACAAAAUAGCGCACUCGUGGAUCCUACAGUCAGCUGAAAGCUGGGUAGAGCAGUUUUUGUUAGCCCAUGACAACACGCGCGUGCGCAACGCUGCCGCCUGUCUGCUUGUCGCUCUUGUGCCCUCGCAGCCAUUCCGCGCCAACUUUCGGGCGCACUCACAGCAUAAACUGCUGGCCCUCAAUCCGCACAGUUAUCGUGACAUCAACAACGAUGCCCAGGUGGUGCUUCAUCAGAUUAUCACGUUGCUGUUGCGCCUGCUAAGGCCAGCGCGAGUCUAUGCCGAUAUUGGUGCACACGGCACCACCAAGCUAACCGCCUACUUUAAUCUGCUGAGCUACUGUAUGGUUUCAAAGACUGAAAAACUAAUGAUAGGUUCAUUUAUGCGGUCAUUGUGGGAAUUAUUUCAUCCGCGCCUAUCCGAACCCAGCGUGCCCGCACACCACAAUAAACACGCCCUGCUCACCUUCUGGCACCAUUCGCUCGUCGACUGCCCCGAGAACGCAACACUGGUUGCCAACUGUCCGGAGAUCACACGCAAUAUUGCAUUUAAUUAUAUACUAGCCGACCAUGAUGAUUCCGAAAUAGUCACAUAUAAUCGUUCCAUGCUGCCCGCCUACUAUGGCUUGUUGCGUCUUUGCUGUGAGCAGAGCCGCGCACUCACUCGUCAACUGGCUCAACAUCAAAAUCUUCAGUGGGCCUUCAAAAAUAUUACACCACAUCCCACACAAUACGCAGCGGCCGUGGACGAGCUGUUCAAACUAAUGACACUCUUCUCCACGCGUCAUGCCGACGCCAGCGAUCAGGAGAAACUCGAUGUGAUUUCAUUCCGACGUUCGACCAUUGUUUCCUAUAUGGGUAGUCUAGAUGCGCGUGUCUCCUGGUCCACACUUAUCAGUGCUCUUAAAAUACUUGUGGAUAACGACGAAGAUCGCAUGCUGGUCAUCUUUAAUGGCGGCAUUGAAAUGUGCUUUGAUGCUCUACAUACGCUACAUUCCAUGCAUCACGAGGCCACCGCCUGCCAUGUGGCGGGCGAUCUCCUGGAGCUGCUCGGCGAGCUGGUAUUGUUGCUAGCUACGCUACGCACGCGCACCGACAGUCCGGCACAGAAGAAACAACAGCAGCAACAACUGGAGCAACAGCUGCAGCUACAGCAGCAACAGUUGCUGCAGAAGCAACAACAAACACAGUCGACGCAGGCGCAGACGCAACAGCAGAAGGAGAAACAGCUACACCAGCAAAUGCAACAGCACCUCCAACUACAGCAGCAGAUGCAGCACCACUUCCUGCGCCAGCAACAUCAGCACUCCUCGCUAGCUAAGGGACUCCCCGACGCCAUCAAGCGCUUGGCCACUCUUCUGAACACCUUCAACUCGCCCGAAAUCAGCCGCAUGGCCCUGGAGGUGCUCAAAGAGCUAGUGCGCAACACAAGCCUGGAAGCCACCAGCAUUUUGGCGCCAAUACUGAUUAACUUCCACCUUUCGGUGGCCAAUGCCCCGAAUGCGAUUGGACCACUGGGACCGUAUUUCCCUCGGCGAGGCACAAAGUCGCCCUGGCCUUUGGGUGCAAAGAAUUCUCCACGUCCGCCACGACCCAUGGUGCAGAUGUGUAUCGCGCCCGCUGAAUUAACACCACGUGGCGUGGAUUCUGAAUACGAUGCGCAGGUCGAUGCAUUCUAUAGACCCUAUCAUGAUUUUAUAGAUGUGAUGUUGCGAAUGUGUGUUAACACGGGCGCACUUAACGACACUCUCGUAAAGCUACACUGCCUGGUGGCCAUUGAAUCGGCACCCUUGCAUUUUAACUACUUUCCGAAGUUCUGGGUUGGCAUACACAACAAUGCGCUAACACACAAGUAUGCCGAUCUUCUCGUGAAGAAUCAGCUGCUGGUGGAGUAUCUGCACAUUGUGCUCCGGGACGAGCGGACCAUGCUGAAGGAUGCAUUUGUGCGCGAGUUCCUGGAGACCUACUAUCCGAAGGUGGCCACUCAGCUACCGGUGGCGCGCAUGAUUUACACUAUCAACUAUGGUAUGCACUCUAAGGACGACAUUGAUGAGUUAUGUGGCGAUCUGUUUGCCAUACGUAUCAUCGCCAAUGCGACGGGAGUGCCGGCAUCGGUGCGAAAGGAGUUACGUGGAUCCCUGCGUGCGUUGCUCAACAAGAGCGAGCGAUUCAAGAAGGAAGCCGAGCGAGACCAAACGCCUAACAAGAAGCAGAAGCGGGACUCCUACAACAAGGAAAAAGAUAAAGAACAAUCACAAUCGGAAACUGAGCUUGCAGAGUGCAAAUCCAUGACAUCAAACAAAAGCAACAGUGAGGCGAAAAGCGCAACUGUUGACGCCGUCGCUGAAGUAGCCAUGGAAUCGCAAGGCAUUAGUGCGAUGACUGACGUUGAACCGAAGUCCGGUACAGAACCCGUAGCACAAAGUGAGGAUGAGCAUAUGGAGAGUACAUCAGAGAAAUUGGAGAAAUCAGCCCCAUCGUCAGACGACGAGACAGAACUCGAGGAUGAGCUCGAACCGACACCAAAGCGCGGGAAAACGUCAAAGAAAUCGGCGCAGAAAAAAACUGCACAAGAUCGCCUUAAUGAGGAUCGCAAGAAGCGUCUGAGCACACUAAUCACUAUGGACUCCUAUAUACAUAGCAUUUUGGCCAUUAUGAAGCGCGACUCAAAUGCGAUUUCUAAUGCACACGCGGCUGGAGCGCACAACGAAGAUCAGGGGGCGUCCACAUCGGCAGCAGCAGCUUCCAAAGGAAAACUCAAGCCCCUCACUCCGCCAGAGCCCAAAGCAGAGCCGAGCGUGGAUCAAAUGGAAAUGGACACAGCAUGUCCUGAGCCGCCGGUCCUAACCAACAAAGCCAAUGGAAGCAACAGUAGUGGCGGCAGCGGCCAGCUAUUGGAACAUUCUAAGGAGCCAUCGAUUAAAGAAUCCAGUGCAGAGUCCGCCGGACUCAGUGCUUCAGUGGCCACAGCCUCCCCUUCGCAGGCGACAAGUCCAACGCAAAUUUAGUUGUCGUUUAAUGAUUUGCUGAAUAUUUUGUUUUUUGGCAAGACAUUAGACUGAUGCACUGCUCGCGACGAGUGCGAGGAACGCGGCUUGGCUAAUAAGUUCUUAAGUUAGUUUGCAUGAUUUAAUAUUUUCAUUUUGAAAACUCUUAAUUAAUAGGAAUUUCUGGCCAAAGGUCAAGCUAAAACGCAAAACAAUACAUGUGAACAACCCAAGGUUGGUGCUGAGGAAAGUGCUUAAAAGGAGAAGGAACAUGAAAAUGGGGAGAAUUGGAGAAGGAGGAUUGGAAACGGCACAGAAAUUUGAAGAAACGUUAUAGAUUUAAAUUAGGCUUACAACAUAUUCAAAUAUGUAUGCCAGCAUACACAAUUGAAGCAAAUCAUUCAUAAAUCCACACCAACUACAAACAGCCGCAUACACAAGCCCAUGCUCAUACCCGUACAUAUAUGUAUACAUACACCGAAAUCCAGAAAUCAGUAACUACAAGUAGUUUAUAAGCAUAGUCCACCCGCAGUCACUCGCACGCAUCAAAACAAACACUUGGCAUCCCCUAUUAAAGAUAGCUAAGCAAAACGUUUAAACAAAUUCACACUAGUACUUUGUUAUUAUACAAUAAUCAAUGCCAAAUAAAAUUAUUCGAGUGGGCAAUGAAACGAUAAAUAAAAAGGAAUACAAACUUUGACAAAAAGUAAUAAACAAAGGCUUAUGAGACGCUAAUAUCUAUACAUUGUAGAAACCUUUAGGUACUGUCGAAACGCUGCUAAGCUUAACACGUAUUUAAUUUUUUAGCCCCCACCCAUAACACUAUUUGCUUCCUUUUACUCUAAUGCACGACUUUACAUAUGUAUGUUAAUUACAAAGGAACAGAUAUUACACAAAAAAUCAAAUUUUAAUCGAUUACGAGAACUUUGAGUGUAAAGUGCUAACAGUUGAUAGAUGUUUGAUUAAAUAAUUUUCGUAUACAAUGUAAUGUAGCAUGUAAGAUUAGAAUAUUGUCCAAGUGAAACAAGGACAAUGGAAAGGAAUAAAAAUAAUAAUACACAAAAUAAUCACACACACACACACACAAAUGAUCGUAAUCUAUUAGUUGUAAGCAGCAAGGCGAACGAAAACUACAAUUUAUGUUAGUAUGUGUGUUAAAUAUCAAACCCGUACACACACAGUUUGAGUAUAUAAUAAAUGAUGCAGCAUAUAAGAGUAAA